UAUUUUAGUGAGGAGAAAAAACUGUGCUGCACGAUUUAUUGUCUACGAAUAUACUCGGAUAAGCAAGCUUUAUUGUCAGUAUCGAUGUCCCAAAUAAAUUUUAAAUUACGUUUCGCUCCUAUUUUAACCGACUUUCAAAUCUGAAAGGAGGAAGUUCUCUAUUUGAUAGUAUGUUUUUUUUUUAAUGUUUGUUACUCUAUAUCUCCGUCAUUUCUGAACCGAUUUUGAAAAUUCUUUUUUAAUUGAAUGUUUAUACCUACAUACAGAUUGGUCCCGUUUUUAUCAAAACCCAGUUCUGAUGAUGGGAUCCUUGAGGAAUCGAGGGAGCUCCUCAAAUCUUAAAGGCAUACCUAUAGUGAUUUUUGUAUUUUUAUCAUAUAACCAAGCAUUUACAUUCAAAAAAGUGACAUUUGAUGAAGUGGAACUACAAAGGAUAAUUGCAAUUGCUAAUAUUCAAUUAGUAUCUGGAAUUGCGCGGGGCGUGUGGCCUUUUUGUUAGUUUUUAUAUAUGUAGUAAAUGUAUUUAAUUUUAGAUUUAUUAUAUUACUAUUCAAUAGUUGGGUCCGAGGUAUCAGUGGACACAACACUGAACGAGUACAUCAGGCGGCGCGCGGACCUGCGCGGCACCAAGUUCAUGUGCUUGGAGGGCGGCUGCGGCGCCUGCGUGGUGAACGCGCGCGUGCAGCGCCCGGGCACCGGCGAGAUCUUUACAUUCUCUGUUAACUCCUGCCUAGUUGCGGUAUUAUCUUGUGAAGGAUGGGACAUCACCACUAUAGAAGGUAUAGGAAGCAGAGAGAAGGGUUAUAACAUCAUCCAGAGAAGACUUAACAAUUAUUUCGGCUCUCAGUGUGGAUAUUGCAGUCCUGGUUUCGUUAUGAGUAUGUAUAGCUUAAUACAAAGUUCAGAACAUCAUUUAUCUGAAGAAGACAUCGAAAAAUCAUUCGGCAGCAACCUAUGCAGAUGCACAGGCUACAGACCAAUUCUAGAGGCCUUCAAGUCUUUCGCAGUCGACCCCGACCCCAAAAUAUUAAACAAGAUUAAAGAUAUUGAAGACAUUGAUAAUUUAGUUUGUCCAAAAUCAGGGAAAAAGUGCGGUGGGUCUUGCGAAGAUGACGAUCAAGAAUGGUGUCUAAUAAAUGCAAAAGUAACAAUGAGUAAUGAUUCGGUGACCAAGAAGAUAUUCAUUUGUGAUGAUAAAGUGUGGUUCAGAGUUAACAAUAUUAAAGCGAUAUUUGAAGCGCUGGAUGACGUUCAGGGGUAUGAUAAUUACAUGUUGGUUGCAGGGAAUACUUCUAGAGGUAGGUAUGAUUGUUUUUUUUAUUAAAACUAAAUUUAUCCAAUGACCACAGCGAAAUCCACAACGCCAACGUAGGUUACGUCCAAAGUGAUCAAAGACCAUCUGCGACUAACUUCGUCCAAAAUGCUUGACUGAAUCAAAAUGUCUGUUCAAUACGAACAUUAUUUCUUAAGACAGUUAAGUAACACAAAAUGGAAUGGGUAUUAAAGAGUUGGCUAAGUAACUGAUUUUUAAAUACUUUAAGAGGGAAGAAUAGCUUUGCAAUCGUAACGAAAUAACGGAACUUUUUCUUUAAAAUUCCAUUCCGGGAGAAAA